UUAGUGUUCUGUGGUUGUUUUGUUUUUUUGCAAUGUAUAUAUGAUAAUAAUCUUUGACAAAGUAGGAAAAAUAUUUCCUACUAAAAAGGUUUGUUUUCCCGUUAUGUGACGAAGGUAACAUUUGUCAGUGUUAGUAAUUCCACUUCAUAAAUAAAAUUUGCCGAAGUUAGUAAGUUGAACAAAAAAAAAAGACAAAUAAUGUCAACUCAACCUCAAUUAAAUAUUGGUUAUCUUAUUUUAUUAUAUUUCUUGAAUUUGAAUGUGCAAUGUACUCUAGCAGAUCAGCACAAACAUUUCUUAGGAAUGAGAACACCCUAUCGUUAUGUUUCUAACAACACUUUUGGAAAAAUAGACUAUGAUGACUGCAAGCCGGAAAAGCUAUGGAUGAUAGUCAGACAUGGGACGCGCCAGCCAAGUCUUAAAAAUAUAGUAGCAAUGAAAGAAAGACUGCCACAAAUAAAGAAACUUUUGAUAAAUAACUCAAAUCUUCCUAAUGGUAAACUCCGAGUAUGUUAGGGCCACAGAUCUAGAAUCAUUUCACAAGUGGGAAUCUCAGUUAAAGUUGGAAGAUGAACAUAAGUUGGCUCAUGAAGGUGAAGAAGAAAUGUUACUUCUUGCUGAGCGAAUGCAAAGCAGAUUUCCAGUUCUUGAUAAUGUAUAUAGUAAUUCUUCCUUUCAGUUUAAGUAUACCUACUCACAGAGAACUAAAGAAAGCGCAUAUAAUUUUGUUUCCGGAUUAUUUGGAAGAGCUACAGCUAAAGAUGUGUGGUUUCCAGAACCUUCAGAAAAAGAUCCUAUUUUACGAUUUUAUAAAUCUUGUACAAAAUGGAAGUACAAUGUCAAAGACAAGGUAAAAUACAGUGGAGAACACAAGAAAUUUGAAAACAGCAGCGAAUUUAUUAAAGUUGUUGAAAAUGUAAACCACAGGCUUGGGCUGAAAGAUGAAUUAAAAACUGACGAUGUGUCGCUAAUUUAUGUCACAUGUGGAUUCGAGACAGCAUGGAAAACACAAACUGAAUCUCCUUGGUGCUUGCUCCUCACAGAAGAAAAUCUGAAGGUGCUUGAAUACAGAGAAGAUUUGAAGUAUUAUUGGCAAGAUGGUUAUGGUUAUGAACUAACUUACAAGCAGGCUUGCCCUAUGUUUGGCAAUAUGAUUAAUAUGUUCCAAAAAAAUAGUAGUUUACCAAGAUCUGUAGUAUAUUUUACACAUUCUGGCACACUUUUAAAAAUGUUGGCUCAUUUGGGUUUGUAUAAAGACGAACAAGUUUUGACUUCUGAGAACUUUAGGGCUAUGGAUAACAGACAGUGGCGAACCAGUCAAAUUGACGCAUUUGGAACUAAUUUAGCAUUCGUUUUGUACGACUGUCGCCAAGAGAAAAUGGUUCUGACUUUACACCAAGAACACAUUGUUCGAUUGCCGAGCUGCCCAGAUUCGGAUUUAUGCGAGUUGAAGACUCUAGUAGAAUAUUACUCGGAGAGUAUCAACAGUUGUGACUUUAAUCAUAUAUGUGAAAAUUCUUAAAUUGUGAUUUACACCAUUUUGACCUAAUAAAUUUCACCUUUA